AUGCUGAAGAACAGCUGUUCUGCACAGUCCCUGCUUCAGAGGAGGGCGCUACUCACGCGCAGCGUGGACGAGCAGAUGCAGGCGGCCAAUGCUGGGGAGCCGCUCAGGAGGUGCCUGGGAAGCAUUGAUCUGCUGCUCCUGGGACUGGGGUCCAUCCUGGGCGCUGGGGCAUUCGUGCUGACUGGCGUUGCUGCACAUGAACAUGCUGGGCCUGCGGUGAUGGUGAGCUAUUUGAUAGCGGCGCUGGCAGCGCUGCUGUCGGGGCUGGCCUAUGCAGAGUUUGCAGUGGACCUGCCUGUCUCCGGGGGUGCCACCACCUGCAUCUUGCUCACCUUCGGGGAGCUCGCCAGCUGGAUUGUGGCGUGCAACCUGAUUCUGGAAUACACUUUGAGCGUGGCGGUCUGCGCGCGAGCGGCCACUGCAUAUGGGGCGACACUUGUGGGGCUCUCACCGGAGGCCACCCUGAUAAGCCUCGGCCCGUUCAAACUGGACAUCUGCGCUGUUCUGCUGAUUGCCGCGCUCGGCACAUUGCUGGCGCUGGGCACUAAAGAGAGCGCCACAUUCAAUUCUGUCGUGACGGGGAUGAACGUGAUUGCAAUUAUGUACGUGUUAUUUGUGGGGGCGCCAUUCACGCACGCCUCCAACCUGGUUCCCUUUGCGCCCUUCGGCGUGAGGGGAAUAUUCUCCGCGGCCAGCGUCGUCUUCUUUGCUUUCGUCGGCUUUGACUCUAUGGCCACUGUUGCCGAGGAGGUGGAGGACCCGGAGACAGCGCUGCCGGUGGGGAUAGUGGGCGCAGUGGUGAUCUCGGCAGCCCUGUACGUGGCUCUGAGCGCAGUCAUCUGCGCAAUGGUGCCGUACGGGGACAUCCAGGUACCUCAGCUGACCAACUGCAUGUCCGCACUGCUCCGCACCUCGGCCCGCUUUGUCUCAUUUGGCGCCGUCACAGGCAUAGUGACGUCAGCGCUGGUGUCGCUGAUGGGCCAGGCGCGCAUUUAUGUCACCCUUGGCAGGGAACGCCUGCUGCCGCCUUGGCUCGCACAGAUCAAUGCGGCGCGCAAAACCCCCGUCAAUGCAACCCUGCUCACAUCAGUCUCUUCAGGUCUGCUGGCGGUGCUCGUGGAUCUGGAGGUCCUAGCGGAGCUGGUGUCCAUCGGCACGCUGUUUGCAUUCUUCGCGGUGUCGGCCGGCCUCAUUUGGCGCCGCUACACCGGCUCCGGCCAGUCGCCUGAGAACGCGCCGGAGACUGGCAAGAGACUGGGCGCUGUAGUGGCGCUGUCACUGGGGCUGAGCAUCUCCUACAUCGCGGGCGGCCCGGAGUGGCUGGUGGCAGUGGCCGCGCUGUUCUGGCUGUCGGCCGUGCUGUGGCUGUCCCACCUGCCCACGCUGUACAUGCCCACCAAGUUCAAGAUGCCCGGCGCCCCUUUCACCACCUCCCUCGCCAUUCUCGCCAACCUGCACCUCAUCUGCAGCAUGAGCUGGCAGGCGUACAUCCGCUUUGGCGUAUGGAUGCUGCUGAGCCUUGCGGUGUACUGCCUCUACAGCGUGCACAGAGCGGACGGCUCCUAUGAGACCCUGGAAGGCCAGGAAGAGCAGUAA